GUCAUACCUGCGAGUGAUGCAGGGCGCUCUGCUGUCAUGACCCCCAACCCCAUCCGUCGAUCACGACUCGGAAUACGCGCAAACAAGUCCCGGAAAUGACAUCCGAGGCGCAACCACCACAAGACGACCAGCUUCCCCCAGAGGGCGAGAAGCAGAUCAGUAACUCGUCGACCGAACAUGCAUCGCUCAAGUACUCAUUGUUGGGCCCGUCGCUGACAAAGGCCGGCCAGGGCUCAGUUGACCAGUCCAAGGUCUCUGAGAUUAUCUACAAUGCUUCCAAGGGCUCCAAAUUCUUCAACCACGAGGAGACAAGGGACAAGUCUCUCACCGCGAAGAUUGAAGCCAUCCUCGCCAAGAAGAGCCAUCUCGAAACGCUGGAUCUCACCCGCGAGCUCCGGGCAGCCGACAACCUGCUUGCUCAGCUCGAGCUCUCCCGCGAUCUGACGCAGCACAUCGUGCACAUUGACUGCGAUGCUUUUUAUGCCGCCGUAGAGCAGCUAGACCGGCCCGAGCUGAAGGAGCUCCCCUUUGCCGUGGGCGGCGGUGUCCUGACCACGUGCAACUAUGUCGCCCGCAAGUUUGGAUGCCGCAGCGGUAUGGCUGGCUUCGUAGCUAAAAAGCUGUGCCCCGAGUUGAUUCUUCUCCCACUCAACUUUGACAAGUACAACGCAAAGGCAGCUGAGGUGCGCGAGGUUUUGGCAGAGUACGACCCGCGGUUCGAGAGUGCCAGCAUUGAUGAGGCAUAUCUCAACAUUACCGAGUAUUGCGUCGAGCACGACAUGGAUCCGGCCGAUGUGGUCUCACAGCUAAGGAACGAGGUACACGAAAAGACACACAUCACCGUCUCAGCAGGCAUCGCCGCGAACGCCCGGCUGGCCAAGAUCUGCUCCAACAUGAACAAGCCUAACGGGCAAUUCGUCCUGCCGCGUGAUCGGGCUGCUAUCAUGGCGUUUAUGCGCGAUCUCUCAUGUCGUCAAGUGAACGGCAUUGGACGGGUGCUGGAGCGCGAACUAGCAUCCGUAGGCGUGAAGACCUGCGGUGACAUCUACGCCCAAAGACAAUACCUGGACCGGCUUUUUGGCCAAAAAACAUACGAGUUCCUUCUCCGCUGCCAUCUCGGCCUAGGACGGACCAAUAUCCAGCCCGCCGAGGACUACGAACGCAAGAGCGUCGGCACGGAGAGGACAUUCCGUGACAUGGGCGACCCUGUCCAACUGCGCGAAAAGCUGAGACGGAUAGCCGAAGAACUGGAGUCGGACAUGCGAAAGGCUGAAUGCAAGGGGCGUACACUCUGCCUAAAAGUCAAGCUGCACUCGUUCGAGGUCCUCACCCGCCAGGUCGUGCCUCCAAAAGCAGUAUGCCUGGCGGAUGACCUGUACAACUACUCGUUGCCUAUGCUAGCGAAGCUAGAGCAGGAGAUUCCCGGCAUGAAACUACGGUUGAUGGGGCUACGGUGUACGCAACUCGUGAGCACGAAGAAGCCAGACACGAGGGCCUUCUUUGGGUUGAGGCCACAGAGGCCCAAAUCCGCCGGGUCAGCGGAGGAUGGUAGCGCCGGAACCAUACGAGCCGGUGGUGAAGAUGAAUGGGAACAAUGGCCUCAAGAAGAGGUUAACAACCCAACCUCCAAUGGAGACCCGGUGGCGACCGGUCCUCAUCGAAGACACGGGAAAGAGAUUGUAUCCAACCCUACGAAAGACCAGAAUCCGGCAGUCGAGGAGGAGGAGCUGUGGGACUGCCCCGUUUGUGCCCGGCCGCAGCCUGCGGACGAACGCCAGUUCAACGAGCAUAUCGAUUUGUGUCUAUCGCGGCAAACCAUCCGAGACACCGUCCAACAGGAUUCAGCUGCGCAACAACAGCAACGGCGGCAGUCCGGACAAGCCACGCCAGAGACGCAGAAGGUCAGGGAUAAGAAAAGGGGGCGGGCACCAGCACCGGCAGAUCCUAGGCAAAAGCGCCUCUGUUUCGGUUAACCAUACGUUGAUGGCAGUUCUCUGCUGGAUAUCAGAGC